CUUGAAAGUAACUUACUUUUUUCCCAAAAUAAAUAAAUAAUAAUGGGUCACAAAUUAUGUCAUCUGCCGAAACAUGGACUUUUAAAGUCAUCAUCAAGUCAAGAUGAAGAAAUUGUUGUUGAGGAUGAGGAAGAUGUUGAAGCCGAAGAAAACAUCACCUUAGAUGUUCCUUUAGGAAUAAUACAAGCAGAAAUCCCUGUAUGGCCUUCUUGGCUCUCUCCCUUUCCGAUGGACGCCAUCAAAGGUUGGAGUCCUCGUUCCUCCGAUAGUUUUGAAAUUCUCCAUAAGAUUGGACAGGAUAGUAGUCGCUGCCAAGUAUUCAAAGGCAGAGAUAUCAUGACUGGGAAAAUUGUGGCUUUAAAGAAGAUCAAACUGCACACCUGGGAGCCUGAGUAUGUGGAAGAGAUGGUGCAAGAGAUUCUCGUCUUGCGUCGACUAGAUUCUCAUCCUAAUGUUGUGGAAUUGGAAGGUCUGGUGCUGAUUCACGAAGAGCCUUGGAGUUUAUAUCUAGUUUUUGAAUACAUGGAACAUAGUUUGGCUGAUCUGAUUACAACCCGCCAAGUCAAGUUCACAGAGUCUCAGGUAAAGUGCUAUAUGCAUCAACUGCUAUUAGGACUUGAAUAUUGUCACAGCCGUGGUGUAAUCCAUGGUAACAUCAAUGGGUUUAAUCUUCUCAUUAGCAACAAAGGAAUACUUAAGAUUGCUGGUUUCGGAAAAGCUGCUUCAAUUAAUUUUCCUAAUCGCAAUAAAUCGGGUAUGGUUAGUGAAGCAGUACCUGUCCUGUAUCGGCCACCAGAGUUUUCUUCAUACCAUCCUGCAUACAGCAGUGCUGCAGAUCUUUGGGGUGUCGGUUGCAUCUUAGCCGAGUCAUUGGCUACGAAACCUAUCAUACAGAUACUUCAAGAAGAACACUGCAACCCCUAUAAACGCAGCAGAAGAAAGAAUUUUAAAGGUGUUCCACCAUCAUCAUUGAAGUUGAUGAAAACUCUUCUAGCAGAUAAUCCAGUUGCACGACAAUCUGCUUCUGCUGCAUUGGCAAAUAAAUUCUUCACAACAAGCCCUUAUGCAUGUGAACCAUCCAGCAUUCUACAGUAUCCUCCAAGGAAGACAAUACAAGAAGCUAAAUAGGAACAAGGAGUUGCUGUAGAUCAACUGUGAGCUGUCCCAGGAAAGACGCCCCUCUCCAUAAGAUGCUGAAAAGACUUAUAUGAACUAAAGAACAAUAUGGAGAUGUCGAGAAUUGUAUUAUUGGUAAUCACUGUGCCAUCAUGGAGAAGACUGCAAAAUACAUCAAUGUAUGCCACCGACACAUGUCACAUACUGAAACCAGUGUAAGGUAUAAAUGUAUUAUUCCAUAUAUUAUUUACA